CUCAUCUUUUUGCUUCCAUUCCAACCCAACAACACUACCAACAAAUAAAGAACAAAUUUUGAACCUACCCAUCAUUCAAUUUUCAUCAAAUUAUCAACUUCACUAACCAUUUUUCAUUUGGUCAACGUGGUCAAAGUAUUGUGUAGUUUGAUGAUUUGUAUUGUUUAGAUCAAUAAAGGGUUUGUUUUUGUUAUUAACCAAUCAAAUCAAUUGUAUAUGAAUGAUUAUGAAGUUGUGUUGUUCUAGUUGAAGAAAAAUGGAACAAGUGACUUCAUCAUCUUCUUCUAAAACUUUGUUUCUUUUUUGGGCUAUUUUGGUGUUUGAUUUGGUGCUUAAAGCUUCUUCUAAUGUUGAAGGUGAUGCACUGAAUGCAUUGAAGAGCAACUUGAAUGAUCCUAACAAUGUUCUUCAAAGUUGGGAUGCUACCCUUGUCAAUCCUUGCACGUGGUUUCAUGUUACAUGCAAUGGUGAUAACAGUGUAACCCGUGUUGAUCUUGGAAAUGCGGAACUUUCUGGUACACUGGUUUCACAACUGGGUGAUCUCUCAAAUUUACAGUACUUGGAACUUUAUAGUAAUAAUAUAACAGGAAAAAUCCCAGAAGAGCUAGGAAAUUUGACAAACUUGGUGAGCUUGGAUCUUUACUUGAACCAUUUAAGUGGUACCAUACCGACUACAUUGGGCAAGCUUCUAAAACUACGGUUCCUGCGUCUCAAUAAUAACACCUUGACUGGCCACAUUCCCAUGUCUUUGACAAAUGUUUCUUCGCUGCAAGUUCUCGAUCUUUCAAACAACGAUCUAGAAGGAACUGUCCCAGUGAAUGGUUCAUUUUCAUUAUUUACUCCUAUCAGUUAUCAAAAUAAUCGUCGCUUGAUACAACCAAAAAACGCUCCCGCACCACUUUCUCCACCAGCACCAACUUCUUCAGGUGGUAGUAAUACUGGAGCUAUUGCUGGAGGAGUUGCUGCUGGUGCUGCUCUGUUGUUUGCCGCUCCUGCAAUUGCACUUGCUUAUUGGCGAAAAAGAAAACCACAGGAUCAUUUCUUUGACGUUCCUGCUGAGGAGGAUCCCGAAGUUCACCUUGGUCAACUUAAAAGGUUUUCUCUACGUGAGCUGCUAGUAGCAACAGAUAACUUCAGUAACAAAAAUAUUCUAGGUAGAGGUGGAUUCGGAAAGGUUUAUAAAGGACGCUUGGCUGAUAGCACACUUGUAGCUGUAAAGAGACUUAAAGAGGAACGUACACAAGGUGGGGAGCUGCAAUUUCAAACAGAAGUGGAAAUGAUCAGUAUGGCUGUGCAUCGUAAUUUGCUUCGGCUUCGUGGAUUUUGCAUGACAUCUACUGAACGUUUGCUUGUGUAUCCUUACAUGGCCAAUGGAAGUGUAGCAUCAUGUUUACGAGAACGUAACGAGGUUGAUCCGCCGCUUGAGUGGCCAAUGCGGAAGAAUAUUGCACUGGGAUCUGCCAGAGGGCUUGCUUACUUGCAUGAUCACUGUGACCCUAAGAUUAUUCAUCGUGAUGUGAAAGCUGCAAAUAUAUUGUUGGAUGAGGAAUUUGAAGCAGUUGUGGGAGAUUUCGGUUUAGCAAAGCUUAUGGAUUACAAAGAUACCCAUGUUACUACUGCUGUCCGUGGUACGAUUGGACAUAUAGCACCUGAGUACCUGUCAACUGGAAAGUCUUCAGAAAAGACUGAUGUUUUUGGAUAUGGUGUGAUGCUUCUUGAACUAAUAACUGGACAAAGGGCUUUUGAUCUAGCACGUCUUGCCAAUGAUGAUGAUGUUAUGUUGCUUGAUUGGGUUAAAGGACUUCUCAAAGACAAGAAGUUGGAAACACUUGUUGAUGCAGAGCUAAAGGGAAAUUAUGAGGAUGAUGAGGUAGAGCAGUUAAUCCAAGUUGCUUUACUAUGCACACAAGGGUCCCCUAUGGAAAGACCUAAGAUGUCUGAGGUGGUUAGAAUGCUAGAAGGUGAUGGUUUGGCCGAAAAAUGGGAGCAAUGGCAGAAAGAAGAGACGUACCGACAAGAUUUUAACAACAACCACAUGCAUCACCAUAAUGCAAAUUGGAUAGUAGUAGAUUCAACUUCACAUAUCCAGCCAGAUGAACUCUCAGGUCCUAGAUGAUCCGUUUGAAGAUUCUAUCAUAUCCACUAGUGAAUACACAAUCCUUUUUCCUCUGCCUGAAAGAGAUAAACUUUCAUGAUUUGUGCAUAUGCUUUUCACCAUCUCUUCUACUUAAUCUUUUCUUUCGAUCUUCUUGAAAUUAUCUUGUAUCUUCACGUUACAUGGUCAUUGAUCAGGUUAUGAUUAUUUAAGAAAAAAGUUUGUAAUUGUUACUGGGUUGUCAAGUUGCAGGAUAAAGCUUAGGACACAAGCAACCAACACUUUUGUCAUUGUAUGUAUGAGAAACUAGUAUAGAGCUUUUAUGAAAAUAUGUGCAAUUUUAUUUUUAUCGUUAUUGUA